GUCAGACUGUGAUGUUGUGAAGUGUUGUGGAUUGUUCUGGUAGUAGUGGUAGUUAAAUAAAAAUAUAAUAGCUCCAUUUCACCAUGGAUGAAAAUAUGUCUGAUGAUGAUAAUAGAGAAGAUCCUUCAGAUGGUCGUGAAAAUCCCAAAAGAAUGAAAACCGAAGGUGGAUCUCUAGAAGAAUCAUCAAGUUCUUCGAAUAGUACAGAGCAAGAAAGCAGCAGAGUACUUGAUAACAUAUUGAAUGUGAAUAGCACUAGUUCAGCAAGCAAUGGUACUAGUGGUACUGAUAGUGGGUUUCCUAGGACAAGAAUGUCUGCCAAUCGAAAUUACAGGCACAGAUCUAGCUCAGACCCAGUACUGGAUAAUGCAAGCAGUAGUGAAGUAGUAGCAGCAGAAAACCCUGUGGAAGAAACAGAAGAUGAGGAUGAAAGACUAGCAAAUUUUUUCAAUUACUCUAGCCCUGGUAGUUCAGAUUCCACAGUUAUACAUGAUACAGACACAGAAUCAGAUGAAGAAGAUCACCCAGUAAUGAAAAAAGAAAAACCCAAACACAACUGGUUUGUUGUACCAGAAAUAGUAAACAGGCAAAUAGGUUUCAGCUCGAAAUUGAAGAGCAACGACCUAUUCCAAAGACGUUGCUACGGCUCCCUGCACUGCGUGCAAAGAUUAGAGCUGAUGUACAAGUUGGAGGAGCACGAGGGCUGCGUGAACAGUUUGGAUUUCCAUCCGAACGGCGAUCUGUUGGCGAGCGGCUCGGACGAUUGCAAAGUGGUCGUGUGGGACUGGAAGAUAGGCAAGUGCCUGCUCAAGUACGACUCCAAGCACAGGGUGAACGUCUUCCAGAGCAAGUUCCUCAAUCUGAGCGGGGAUCUGCAUAUAGCGACUUGUGCCAAAGACGGUCAUGUAAGAGUGGCCCAAGUGUCUCCCGACGAUGGGGUGAGAGACAAUAGAAAACUAGGAUCUCAUAAGGGCCCCUGUCACAAAUUAGCCGUGCUCGCCGAGCAACCUCACGUCAUCCUCAGUGCAGGGGAAGACGGUCUAGUCCUUAGUCACGACGUACGAAAAAAUAAACCUGAAAGGAUAGUCACUCUAGAUAAUGAUCAAGAAAUUGCCCUGUAUAGUAUACAUGCGAAUCCAUUGAAGACGAUGGAAUUUUGCGUUAGCGGUAGAGAUAGCUUAGUAAGAGUAUACGACCAAAGAAAAAGUGGUCGACCUCUAGCAACCUAUCAUCCAUUUGAAAAUGGGGAGCCGAAGAACAGUUUUUCCGGCCCCCACAUCACCUGCGCCGUCUAUAAUCACGACGGAACGGAAAUACUCGCCUCCUACAACGAUGCCGACGUCUAUUUGUUCGACGUGACGGGGCGGCCGGGCGAGUUCAAGCACCGGUACCAGGGCCACCGCAACAGCGCCACCAUCAAGGGCGUCAACUUCUUCGGGCCCAAGUCGGAGUACAUUGUGAGCGGCUCGGAUUGUGGCAACGUGUACUUUUGGGACAAGAACACCGAGGCAAUCGUGCAGUGGAUGCUGGCCGACGAUAACGGGGUGGUGAACGUCCUCGAGCCCCACCCCCAGCUGCCGUUCAUCUGCACGAGCGGCCUCGACUGGGACGUGAAGGUGUGGGUGCCUUCGUGCGAGAGCGAGCCCGAGAUGCUGGGGCUCUCCGACACCGUCAGGAACAACGCCAAGGACAUGACCAACCUGAUGGGCACCGCUGACAUCAACGAGAGCCAGAUGCUGUGGAUGCUGUGGAGGCACAUGAGGUCGACGAACAGGGCAAGGCGAGAUGUUACUGCUGAUGACGACAACAUCUUGUUCCACAUCAACACAAUGUCUGGCAGUUCGACCAGUUCGAUGAGCAGCCCCUCGGACAGCCAGUCCAACUCUGACGAUAACGAUAUCGACGGACCUACAGGGUGCUCGACGUCUUAGUGCCGGCCGAGCGAUUUGUAUAUAAAAUAAAAGUUUGCGAUAGUGAAUCGAUGAGCUUGAGGAAAGCGUCCUAAAGAAAGAGGCUACAGAUACUUUUUUUUAAAUUGGAUAUUUCGAAUUGAUCAAAUCGACCUGGAAAGGCGAAAAUAAAUGUUUCUUUUUGUCAUAUACAAAUUGUCAUCAUAGUUGAGAGGUAAAGUUCGAGAAUCUUGUUUUCUAUUGAAAAUACUUUUUAUAAAGUGAUGACCAAUGGAUUGAAAUGAGAUUCAAUUUUAUCUGGAAUCAAGUUUUGUUGGCUACAAUUCCAGGAACUUCG